AUGCGGCUUUUCCUCUUGGCCAGCGUCGCACUUGCGUUCCCAUUCAUCGCCGAGCUUGCUCAUGGAGCUGCUACACCACUUGCACUCGAGGCUAGAAAUACCCUCUUUGAUGCCCGCGCUCAAGAUGUCAACGGAAGUGCUGCUUUUGAUUUGCUGCACCCGCUCGAAGAGAGGGACGCCUUUACCGACAACCGUGGGCUUGCCGACGACAAACGUCUAACAUCUACGGGCGAGCGUCCCGCAGGAGCUUUUGCCACCACGUUUCAAAUCGGAUCCGGACGUCUGUUUGCAUGGCAGAGCAAGACGCCGCACAACGAGCGGGACGCCGAAUCUGUCUUUAUCAACUUGCACGGCGUGAACCGCAAUGCAAACACCUACUUUCGCAUUCUGAACAACGCGUGGGCCCACGCGAGGGAUGCUGGUGUCGGAUCUGCGCGGCCCAACUCUCUGAGGAUUGCACCCCUCUUCUUCAGCACGCUCAGGGACAGCAGAGCUAUCAACGCAAGCACGCUGGCAUGGGGCGACUCGAACACAUGGACAGGUGGUGACGGAAGCACCAACCCAGCGGGAUCCAACCUGAGUUUGUUCUCUGUGUACGACUUCUUUUUGGAAAAGUACAGCGAUAGCCGCAACUACCCGCGCAUGAGGACGAUCACCUUUUUGGGCCAUGGCGGUGGAGCUCAAGUGGUGCAGCGAUACGCAGUCCUGGGCCGAGACAACCCCGCUCCUGGACGUAUUAGCGUCCGCUACGUCGUUGCCAACCCUUCCUCCAUGCUCUAUUUCACUCGAGACCGCCCUGUCGAAGUGGACACUAGAAGUUGCAACUGGUUCGACGACUUUCGUUACGGUCUCGCAAACUACCGCAGCCCUUACCGUCUGCCCGGAAGCGCUGCUUUCCUCUUCAAGAGAUACGCCUCGCGGGACGUGCGAUACCUCGUAGCCAGCGACGACGACUCCUCGGUCGAGGGCGACCAGCUCUGCGGAGGCCGAGCAGCUGGCGGUCCGAUUCGUCACAAUCGAAGCUGGGCCUAUUGGAAGUACCUCAACCUGCUUAGCGGCAACAGCAACGCCUCCAUAAGAAGUCUUUUUGGUGAUUUCCCAGCUUUGGAACCAGGCAAGAGCAAUAAUGGAGGUCGGAUUCCUACAUCAUCUGCUGCUCACCUUGGCCAAUUCAGAGGAGUUAGCGUCAAUCAUCGAAUCGCUGCUGUGCACAACACUGGACACAGCGCAACAGCCGUCUUGGAGUCAGCAGCUGGUCGAGCUUUGAUGUUCCAAGCCAGAGAAACUCUUCCUAGGCAACAAAAUUGA